GGCGGGCGGAGGCGCAUCGUCCCCGCGCAGCCGGCUCGGGUCGCUCGGCGGGGCUGGCGGCCCCGGCAGGAGCAGAACUGGAGCCAGCCCCGGACGUGAGUGUGCGAGCGCCCCAGCGAGUGUGCGACACCAGCGCCGCUCCGGCUGGCUGCACGCGAGACAAAGACUCUGUGUGCGUGCGUGACACCAGCACUGCUCACGCUGGGUGUGCGAGAGGGAGGGGGUGCCUGUGAAUCUGGGGCAAUCCACCCCCAUACCAAGGCUCCAACCAACACCCCCUGCCCCCAGGAGAAGAAUCUCUGAGCCCCCUCCCGCCCCCCCUCCAUGGAAACACCUGGCCCCUGAUUUCCCAGCUGGGUGCCUGCACCCCAGGCCCCGUGGAGCAUGGUGGUGGCUGCUCUCUACCGCUGAUCCUGGAGCCGCCUGGAGGGGGCACCCUCAAGGGCCUGUCCCCCACCCCGCAUGGCUUUGGCAGGGUCCAGCAUGGGAGACCUGGGCGCCUGCCCCCGUCCAGCACAGACUCCCCAGAACUGGUACUGACCCCCAGCCCCUCCCCGGGCCGGCGCCCUGCCUCCGGUUCCGCCAGAACCAGCCACCCCACUUGCACCCCGAGCCGGCAGGAGACGGAGGCUGCUGAGCAGAUGGUGCGGCACCAUGUCAGGUGACUACGAGGAGGACGUGUGUCGCGGUGCGCUCACCCUGCUCAAGGAGCUCUGCUUCUCCCUGCGAGCGCUGGAGCAACACGAGAAAUGCCUGGAGUUCACCGACCUGCUGCGCAACCGGGGGCACCCCCCGCCCACCGACUCGGACAUCUCCGUCAGCCUGCUCUCCGUCAUCGUCACCUUCUGCGGCAUCGUGCUGCUCGGCGUCUCGCUCUUCGUCUCCUGGAAGCUCUGCUGGAUCCCCUGGCGGGACAAGGGGGCCUCGCUGGCGCCGCGCAAGGACCACGGCCUCCACGGCCACCUGCACCACUCGCCCUACGGCGACCUGCUGGUGGAGCGGGUCGAGCUGGGCCCCGAGAUGCCCGAACGCUCCUACCUCGACAUGGACUCCUACCCCGAGGCCACCCUCAAGCUGAGCCAGACCUCGCCCGACCUGCCGGUGGAGGGGCAGGUCGGCCCUAAGGAGGGCGGCGGCGGCGGCAUGCCCAACGCACACUCCCACCAGCAGGUGGCCACCCUGGCGCCUGCCCCCAGGUACAACACGCUGCCGCGCCCCUUGACCCAGCAGCUCUCCAGCCCGGAGGUGGUUGGCCACGGUGGGGAGGACAAGCCGGAGCAGGCCACCAGCAUCGGUCAGAUCAAGCCGGAGCUGUACAAGCAGCGGGCGGGCGAGGCGGAGCACCGGAAGGCGGAGGGUCCUCCCUGCGGGCGCAUCUGCUUCGCCCUGCGCUACGCCUACGCCUCGGAGCAGCUGGUGGUGAAGAUCCUGCGGGCACUGGACCUGCCGGCCAAGGACGCCAACGGCUUCUCCGACCCCUACGUCAAGAUGUACCUGCUGCCCGACCGCAAGAAGAAGUUCCAGACCAAGGUGCACCGCAAGACGCUCAACCCCAUCUUCAACGAGACCUUCAACUUCAACGUCCCCUUCGCCGAGCUGCCGGGACGCAAGCUGCACUUCAGCGUCUACGACUUCGACCGCUUCUCCCGCCACGACCUCAUCGGGCAGGUGGUGCUGGACAACUUGCUGGAGAUGGCGGAGCGGGAUGAGGAGGCGCCCAUCUGGAGGGAUAUCCUGGAGGGCAGCUCGGAGAAGGCCGACCUGGGGGAGGUGAAUUUCUCCCUCUGUUACCUGCCCACCGCCGGCCGCCUGACCGUGACCAUCAUCCGGGCCUCCAACCUCAAAGCCAUGGACCUGACCGGCUUCUCAGACCCCUACGUCAAGGCCUCGCUCAUGUGCGAGGGGCGGCGGCUGAAGAAGCGCAAGACGUCCAUCAAGAAGAACACGCUGAACCCCAGCUACAACGAGGCCCUCGUCUUCGACAUCCCGCACGAGAGCGCCGAGCACGUCAGCCUCACCAUCACCGUCAUGGACUACGACUGCAUCGGGCACAACGAGGUGAUCGGGAUGUGCCGGGUGGGGAGCGACGCCGAGGGGCCGGGCCGGGAGCACUGGGCCGAGAUGUUGGCCAACCCCCGCAAACCCAUCGAGCACUGGCACCAGCUGGUGGAGGAGAAAACCCUCAACAGCUACAUCUCCAAGAGCGCCCAGCGCGACAAGCCCAGCAUCGUCGUGCAGAGUGUCCCAUCGGACUAGCCCCCCCGAGACCCCCAGGGGCCGAUCGUGGCUGGUCUCUCUGGCUCUGCGCUCUUCUCCGUGUCCAGGGGGAGGCGCUGUCAGGAGCUGCGUGUGUGUUUUGGGAGGGGGGCUGUGGCGGGGGGGACAUCUUUUCUCGAAGCCAUAGGAGAAGCCAGGACUGAGCUGUCUCCCAACGCCCCUCCCUCCCUGGAACUGAUUUGCGGGGGAGGGCACAGGCUGGGCGCCCCCCCUCUCCUCAGUGACUUGCAUGUUGUGGGGUGGGGGGGCCCGGUCGCCUGGCUUUAGCCGCACCCACGCACUGUGAACCCAGGCGUCCGGGGAUCUGCCUCUCAUCCUGAAGAGGAAGGGCCUGUGGCCUGGUUUCCCCCCCGCCCCCCCCGCGCUCCACCAGCCGUGGGCUCCUGCUGCCCCCCUCAGUGCUGAGAGGAGACCCCUGCACUGUGUGGUGGCUGCGUCACCCCCCAAAGACUGACUCAUGGGGGGGGCAGGGCUGUCUGCAGCGACCCCCAAAGCACCUGGCUUCCCCUGACUGAAAUGGGGGUCAGCCCCCCCCCCAGGGGACUUCAUGCUUGAUCUGGACUUGGGGGGGUAGGAAAGUGUCUCCCCCCACAACGUGUCUCGGUGGUUUGCAUGAACCCUCCCCCAGCCGUGGUGGGUGGGUGUGGAGGGGGAGGAGAACCCAGGCAUCUGGAUCCCCCCCCCCCCGAGAGUGUAGGGACGGUGGUGUGGGGGGAAUCCAUCUCGGAGAACCCCGACAUCCAGUCCAGGUCUAUCCCCCCCCACGCAUGUCUGUACCUUUGUCCGUCUGUGUUUCUCUGUCUGUCCGUCCCCCCAUGAUCCGGCCUGGGUCUUUAAGUGUCUGUGGGGGGGAAAACCCGCCCCCCGCCCAGGCCCACCUGACCACGUGGAAACCGCCCUGGAAAAGCCAUAGACCCCUGCCCGCCCCCCAGCCCCGGGGCCAGGGCACCCCGCGUCCCGGGCGGGGGGCGGGGGGGUGGGCAGGGCUCUGUCCAUAACAUUCUGCAAUAGC